GCCAGCAGUGCGCGCUAAUUCUUUUCCCCCCCUUCUCGACUAACAAAACAAUAUCAAAUUUUUUCGUCGUCGUCGAGGCACGUCAAGGCAACGCGUUGUUCGACAGCGUGGCUAAUUAAAGUCCAAAAUGCUGACAAACUGUCAUAAACUAAUAAUGCUCAGAGCUGGGCAUUAAACAAAUUCCAGGAAAUAGUAUAACAAAUAUAAUUAUUGCGUCUCUCUGUGAACGUGCUCGUGUCCAUCACCAGAAAUUACCUAAAAUUAUUCAAUCCGAUUGAAGCUUUCCGAGAGCCCCAGGCACCACAAAUGAAAAUGCAGAAAUAAAUGCAAAUUAUAAAUAAAACAAAAAAUAAUACACUUGAGCAUUAGCCUGGCAUUGCGCCAGUAAUCAAAGCGAGUGCAACAACAAGUCCGUGAAAAUGUCGAGCGCCAGUCUACUGGACGCUCUAUGUAAUGGCAGUGGCGCCCGCCUGGCUCUAGGCUCCUCAGUCAUUGCCUAUUUGAUUGUUUACAAUGAGGCGUCGGCACCCACUUUGCUGUUCGCCACACUCUUGGCCACCGUCUAUGGCGCCAUGGCAGCUCGCUGCAAGUCGAGUCUCCGCAGCCUGCAAAUACCCUAUGUGCGGGCCACAAACAAAUUCGACUUUGGCUGCCUCUUCAUGGCCAUGUGGCUGGAUGCGUUGGCCGGCAUGUGUGCCUGUGCGGCCUUGGCCCGUACCCUGAGUGCCUGUCUGGAUGCCAUGACGGGUGGCUUGGCACGAAUUCUAAUACUGGGCCGCAAUUCGCCCGUCAACGAACCCUGGCCGGAUGUGCUCGGUGUGGCGGUCGUUUUUCUGGUAACUGGCAUGUUCAUGCUGGGUCUGGAGCACUCGAAGGCAUUCAGUCUCAUCAUGACGCUCGGUAUGUUCGGACUGAAUGCAAUUCUGAGUGCCGUUGGCUGGUGGCGUGGCGAUUUUCUGACCUGGACUCAGCAAUACUUCCAGCCCAAUGGCAUUAAUAGCUUCUUUCUAGCCACCGCUUUGCUCACUUAUGCCUUCCCCAGCGACUUUCCGACGCAGCAACGUAGUGGACUCCUUCGAUUCACAGGCACCAUUACCAUCGGCCUGGUGAGCACAUCCCUGCUACUGACAGCGAUCUGUCUCUCGACGGUGGUGCAUUACAAAACCAACGAAGACUAUGUAGCUGUGCCGCUCUUCAACAUACUCGAUGAGAGCGGCUUUCACAAACUGGUGCCCGCUUCAGCUUGCAUGCUGCUUCUCACAAGUUCCGCCGCGUUUCUAGAGCUCUUUCCCGGGUUGUAUGGAAUUGUGGUGCGUUUUGCCACCUCCGAGUGGCGCAUUUUGUCCAAACAGAUCAGUUACGAGAGCUCGGACAGUGGCAAUCCCGUUCUGGCCGUCUUCAUUGGCGGCAGUCUUUGCGCCAUGUUGGCCUUCGCCUGUCCACUGCAACAUCUAAGCUAUACAUUGGCUGCCAGUCAUAUGACAUCCGUAUUUCUGCGCGCCUUCUAUUUACUCUAUACGCCCUAUCGGCCAAAGUACAUACAACCGAGCAGCAGCGAUUCAUCGCUCUCCUAUAGUCGGCUUUCAACAGCCCCUAUUACCAAGAGCAGCAGCUCGAAUAUGUCCAGUUCCAGUCGCCUAAAGCGUAGCUUGUGGAACAUUAGUUUGCCAAAGCAGGGUGCGCUCAAGAAGCCAAAGAGCAAGACUAAGAACAAGCAGGAAGUGGAGAAGGAGUGGCUCCUACUUGGAGAGCCCACGUCGCCAUGUCCGCAGCGUGAGACAAGGGAUGUGGAGUCCACCAUAUUGUCCGAUGGGGAACCACCGCCCUCGGAUUUUGAGUACCCCGAUAAAUUUGACAAAUCUGACUCGGAUACCUCGACGGAUAUUGAUGCGAUAGUCGAUGAGUAUCGUCAGAAAAUUAAGGUCACCACAGCUGGUCCCAUGGAACGCAGCCUGCGGGUACCAACUAUCAGCUCCUGGCGCGUCACCAUGUUUGCCAUCAUCGUAAUGGGUCUGGGCAUUGCACUUUCCGUUGCUGGCCUUGUGCUGCGCUGGGCGCCUGCUGCGCUUACUGGCGCCAUCGGCGUCCUCGUCGUUGCCAUUAUGAUGGGCUUCAUACCCAAAUACACGGGCAGCAGCGUCAUCAAUGUGAGUCCCGUGCUGUGCAGCAUGUGCCUGUUACUGGGCGUAGUGCUCUUCUCCGCCUGCGCCGUCCACUCCUGGCCGGGUGUGUUGUUUUGGCUGCUGGCGGGUCUCAUUAUGCUAAUACGUUGUGAUAGAUAUUGCUGCAAUUGCUUUGAGCACACGACGACCUACAACGAACAGCUCAUACCCAGCGUCUCGGCCAAGGCAACGCCGGCGGCAACUGCUGGAUCGUCCACCAGCAUACGGAUGCCACGCCCGCCCAAGGGUGUGGUCGGUCUACCACAACGUGUGAAUGGAAACAGAUGACAAUCGGAGUCCUCGGAAGGCGAGGACUUGUUUCAUGAGGAUUUCAAUGUGCGCGAUUUCGACGAGGAAGACAAUGAAGAUGAAUGUUGGACUGAAUAAAAGCAGAACUAUAUUGUGUAUAUGGCUGGGGAAUGAAUGUAAGGAGUGCCAUCUUUUAAACGUAGCUAGGCUUUUAACAAGCAAACAUACAAAAUUGCUGCUCUUUGCUUUGCAAUUACUUACUGAAAAGCAACUAAUUCUAGUUAGUUUUAUUAUACCAUUUAGACAAAGCUAGCCCGUGCUAACAAUAUUAAAUUCGAAGAACAAUAAAUGCGUAUCUGUUGGCAAUAAAUUGAA